AUGUUCUCAGUUGAAGCGGAAAACACCUUGGGGUAUGGAAAAAAGAAAACGAGUAAGAAAUUUACUACUCAUGGGGGGGUUAAGCGAUUAGAGACAGACAAAAAGAUUAAAAGGGAAGGGAAGGAAGCACAUGAAGUCGAUCAUAAUGAGGUGACGAAUAACGUUCCCAUCAUGUUUGCGAGGGGGAUGAAAGUGGGACAGAAAAAGUGCUUAAUGGGUGAAAAUGGGAAAGACAACCCAGGCGAAGAAACAGCAUUGAGUCAGGAAGCACCUCAUUUAAGAGUAAAUCUCACAAGUGAAGAGGCUGAUGAAGGUACUCAUUCGACGAUGAUGAAUGAAACGAAUGUGAUAAGUAAAAUUACACCCGUUGCAGAAUUUCUUCGGAGCAGUAGCCAAGAACCCGCCUGGGGUGAUAACACCCUUGUAAGGGAUAAAAGCACCAUGAGGUACUCCCUCCCUCGAAGGAACAUCAGUGUUGAUUGUGAAAACGAAGGGAAAACAAGCCUCUUGGUGAGUCCCUCGAAUGAGUCAAAUAACCCUUUGACAUGUUACCCCAAAGGAUACCAUCGCAGAGGUUGCUGUUCGCAUGUUCCGCCACAACAUUUUGAGCGCCAUAUUAGUAAAGCGGUAAAUUUAACAAAAAUGAAAUUGGAAAAAUGUGAAGGAAGCAAUUCUGAAAGUGGGGAAUUCACGAAUGGAAUUUUCGAAAGUGUGAAGGGAUCUAUGUCUAAGGAUUCCCAUUUGGGGAACACACUCGCAAAGAGGAAUAUCAUGAACUGGGAUAACAACGAUUUUGCUCUAUGUGGAAAUAGUGUGGUUAAUCUCGAAGGAAAACUACAGGAUGAUGAAAAUGGAGUACACGAAAAUGAGGAGCGGACAAAAGGAGGAGAGACCGAUAUGAGCACAGUUAGGAGUGCCGAAUCGGUCGAUGACGCUGCAACACACGGGGGGAUCCAAGAUAGGGAAAAUCAUCAAAUGGGGAAUUUAAACAAUGGAGAUGCAGCAACGUUUGAUGUGGUAAAGUUGGGCAAUUCCCCUAUAGGCAGCCACCACUCAGAUGACAACAUUUUAGAAUAUAAAAACGAAGAGAAAAAUUGGGAGCACUCAAAAAUGGAAGGGGAAGCAUGUAAUGGGAUAAACAGUGGGAGUGCUAUAAGAAACCCUGUUAGCGUAGAAGGCAAAAGUGAGUCUAUUGGUUCUGAUAUAGCAUCUCCGGAAGGGGCUGAAAUGGAAGGUACAGAAAAGAAGGCCCGUACCGUGAAUAUACACCCUAUCGCACAGGGAGACAUCACCCAUCCAGAAGAAAGGGAAGGUAAAAGGGAACAAACCCACAACGCACUUCGCAGCAACGGUACAGAACGACAAACUUUAUUCAGCGCCGAUAUAGGGAAGAAGAAAAUGUUGCAUUCCCUAAAUGAAGUAGAGAUAAAGACGGAUAAUUGCACUUAUCGCUGCGUUCAUCACAUAAACAGAGCAGCGAAGGUGUAUUCCAAUGUCAGCACAGUAAAUUUUUUAAAAAACAAUGUGAUUUUUUUGAGGAAAAGAAGAGGUAACAACGCCUGUAAGAAGGAUGGUAACCGGAGGAGCUGCAGCAGUAGCAGUAGGAAUGUGAAGAAAGAGGGGGAUGGGAAGUGUAAGGACCUACCUAAGGAACAUGGUGUAGUACAACAUAUAAGAAAUACUAUUUUGCUCGCCCCAAAGGGUACGUCAAUAUUUGUGGAGAAAGGUGAAACAAAUGGGAAGUUCCCAAGUAGGGGGAGAAAGGGCAAUUCUUCGAGCGAUAGAGAGAAGGGCGACAUGGUGCGUGGGGAUGAAAAGGAGCCCACUUCCCCCCAUUUGGAGGGUACAUCGAAUAGGGAGACGUCACCAAAUAGGCUGAGGAAUGAAAGCAGGUUAAUGAUGAAGCAAGGUGGAGAACGCCCUUUUGUCGUAAAUGGGUAUAUAUGUGAUUUCAAUGAGGGUCAAAGCAGUUCCCACGAAAAAGUGCUCUCAAGUGGAUACUCACGCAGAAUGGACACAAUGGAAGAUCAGUCGUCCCCCUUAAAUUGGAAGUUCAACGUAACGGAUGAGCUCAAAGGAGGGUCAUCACCAUACAGCAUACAAAAUAUUGACGUGAAAAGGAAGCCAUGUGUAGCAGGUCAGGUGGGGCUUAAAACGGAUAAGACACCAUUGGAAAAAGAAAAAAAUUGUGACAAUGUAUGGAAUGGAAAGAAAGAAAAAAGGCUCCAUUUUUCAAGUGUAAAAUUUGGAAGAGGAGGAAGACAUAGUAACCUAGCGACGGGGAAAACAAUACAAUAUAAGCUAUUUCACGUUCAUGACAUGUUUAGCAAUACCCACUUGGGUGAACCGAAGGGGGAAGAGGAGGCGAACAUGAAGGACAGAAGGACAAACCAUCCUUUUAGCUCAGUUCACCAUCGUGUUGUAACCGCACAUGACAAGUUGACCACUGGGGUAGACGUAACUCAAAAGGUGGGGGAAGAACAUUCCCCCGUGAGCAGAUCCAACCAUAGUGACCACAUAAUGAAUAUAAUGAGUGGGUCGAAAAAUCAGCGACAAAAUGAUAGCAUGCGAAGUGGUCAUGUUAGGAACAGCAAAAAUGAGUUCUGCAUGAAUGGUACCAAUUAUGGUAUUAUAAGUAUUCCUAAUUGGGCGUCCAGGCAAAACAUACAAGUUAGCACCCCCAGCCAAAUGAACUUCACCCGUUGUGGUGGACAAGAUGUUACUAACAAGCCCUUUUGUGGUGACCAAGCAGGCAGUGAGGAAAAAGUUGGUCAGGGAGGGAAUUACCCCCCUAUGAAGGAAACCCUGUUGGAUCGAAUUAACAAAUCUAUUUUCUCGACGAAUAGGAAGAAUGAAAUGGAUCACUCCUGCAUGCAGUUAGAACUGGAAAACAUAAAAAUAAAAGAAGAAGAUCAUCGAAGAAGGGUGAAGAAUCAAAAUGUGAAGGAUGUUUUUCCAUUAAAAAGCGGCAGAACCAUCUUCCCCCUCUUUACUCCAAUACGGAGAAGUGAUAAAACGAAAAACAAAAAAGUGUUUCAUAUAAGAAAUAGAAAUGGGUACGUGGUACAAGAUUCACCAGAAAUGAGCCCCACGGUGGCUACAAAUCGGAGUAAUGAUGUUCAUGUAAAUGAAUUUGUAAAAAAUAAAUUGUUAGCUAAAGGAGGAGGGGAAUGCAAUUUUCCCCCUAAUUGUACUACACACAUGAGAGAAGAAUCAAAUGUGGGAAGUUCAAACGGGUUCUACUAUGAUAGAAUAGAAGGGAGUAACAACCCCUAUGUGAAUAAUUGUAAAAGAAAUGAAGACAAGUGGAGACACCCCUUGGACAGCCUUCUUAAGAAUUGCUACAAAGAAAGAAGAAACAACACAACUGGCGAGAAGUAUACCAACAGAAAUUUUAUCAUUAACAGGAGUAGGAACAAUUUGAAGAAUGAAUAUAAAGCGUUUGGCAUUAGUGAGGAGGGGACUUCUUCUGCCCCGUUGGCCAACUGUGAGGGGAAUUACACUCAAGAGCACAGCAGGGGGGAUGUCUUAAAGAGGAGCGACGUUGACAAAAGUUGUGUCUCAGGUAGAGCUGACCAAUUAAACAAGAUAAGCGGAUCGGAAAUUGACGUGAAAGAUGGCGAGAUGGGACGAACCUACUUGGACAGGGCGCAAUCGGAAUAUCAUAGAACGAUGUGUGAGGAUAGGGAAAAUGUAAAGGAACUGAACAAGCAAAAAACAGAGACAAAUUUAUGUGGCAAAAAUAAUAAUCCCAUUCCAGAGCAGACAGAGAGAUUUAAUUUUUUUCAUAGCGAGCAUGAUUUAUUUAACGGGGAGAAAUUAAGGCUUUAUUUUUCCAAAGGGAAAAAUGCCCUACAUAAUGGGAUUUUUAAAAUAAGGAGCGAAGUUGGGAUAUUCUCAAUUUUUAAAAAUUUCCCCUUUUUCGAGGAAGGGGCGAAAAUGAGUGAUGCGGGGGGGACCAACCAGGAAUCGAUUUCGUAUGAAUGUAGAUAUAACGCCGAGUUGGUUUGUCGCCCGGGGGGGAGGGAAGUGCGGGAUGUUGCGAAAGUUUCGGCGGGUGCGGUCGAUGGAGGAUGCACUGGUGAGGAGGACAAGAAUGAUGAGACUGGGACAACUGCAGUGAAUUCGCAGAAUGGAACUCGUGAGGUACAUAAGAUCAUUUGUGGCACGAGCGAAGUGGAGGAGCUCGUGUGUGCAGGAUCGGACGACGGAGCAACGGGCGCGAGUGGCCAAAUAGGUAGCAGCCCUAGAAGUUGUAGUAACGGUAGUAAGGGUAGACACUCGUGGAACGAGUUCGCCGGAGGAAAAACAUCCCCGGGGGAAGGCUCACAAAUGAGUGCACUGAGUAACCAAAACGACGAAGUGAAGGACGCAAAGGGGGGAACUCUUACCGAGGAGGACAAGUGCGUACUACGAAGGGGUGACGAAGAAGGCAGCGAAAUUAGCGCCAACAUUGUGAGGGACGAUAUUACAAACGCAGUGUGCGAAACGAGUCAGGUCGAAGAAAAGAAAUGUGCUUUGUUUGGCAAGGAACAGAGUGACGCUUUUUUCUGCCCCAAAGAUGGAGAGCUAAGAACGGCGGACAGGGCCAACUUGGGAUGCAGCGAAAACCUUGAUUUGAAGAGGCAAAAAAGUGAUCCCACAGGAAGCUCAAAUGAGAUGAUUAAUAAUUUCGAGAAGAUUGCCGAAAGGAUCAACUUCAUUUUAGAUGAUACCGUGGAGUUUUUUAAGAAAAAUUUAUACGUCCAUAAUGGGUAUGGCUCUGUAAAGGUAUACAAAGAAGACACGGGGUGGUUAGGAGAGAACACAGUGGGUAAGUGGUCUCGAGUGUACAAAAUUAAUAAGGUGGUUUGUAAGGGGGCUCAUGGGGUGGUGUUUUCCGCGUGGAGGGGGGAGGAAGGGGAUGAUACUGGUAAGCAGCUUGAAGAGAAGGCAGAAAAAGACGCAGGCCUGGAGAAGGAAAACGAAGUAGGCGAGGGAACCAAAGAAGUGGAAGGAACAGCGGGGGAUAGCAUCGAUAAAAGGAACGAUGAGUGCAUCGAUGAAGGCAACGAUAAAGACAGCGGUCAAAGCAGCGAUCAGAGCAGCUAUGACGAAGAGAAUUUGGUGAGCCUGAAAAUUAUUAACUUGCGCUAUUUAAGUAAAGAAAACAGUCUGAAGAGAAUCAUGAAGGAGGUGCAUUUCUUGCAAAUUUGCAACCACCCUAAUAUUGUUAAGUACCAUGAAUCCUUUUUCUGGCCUCCCUGCUACCUGGUCAUAGUGUGUGAGUUCCUCUCAGGGGGAACAUUAUUCGAUUUAUAUAAAAAGUGUGGAAGGAUAACUGAAGAUGUGUUGGUGCACAUUUUAGACGACGUAUUAAAGGCGUUAAAUUAUUUGCAUAACGAAUGCCCCUUAUGUUUAGUGCAUAGGGACAUCAAACCGACGAAUAUCGUUUUUUCGAAAAGUGGAGUGGCAAAGAUAGUAGACUUCGGAUCUUGCGAAAAGGUAGAAGAUCUAAAAUUGCGUGAAGUUGUGGGAACUCUUUAUUAUAUUUCUCCAGAAAUUUUGAAGAGAGAAAAGUAUAACUGCUCAGCAGACAUCUGGUCGUUAGGAAUAACUAUAUACGAAAGUGUUAUGUGUGCAUUGCCAUGGAAAGGGAAAAAAGAUAUUGAGGAAUCUAUAAAACAGAUUGUGGAUUCCUCUCCUAAAAUUAAUCUCUGCUCCGGUUUUAGCAAACAGUUCUGCUUCUUUGUUGAGUCGUGUUUGCAAAAUAAUCCUGAAAAAAGGGCAAAGGUUGCACAUCUACUUGGUCAUAAAUUUUUAACGAAAAAGAGACUCCUACGGAGGAAACCGAGUUCCAUUUUCGAAAUUAGGGAUAUUCUCAAAGUGAACAAUGGGAAGAGGAAAAAUAAUAUUUUUCGAAAUUUUUUCAAAAAUAUUUUUUUCUUUAAUGAUAAGAACAAACGGAGAAGGAACAAAGCUUUGGGCUCUAAGUCCUGCGAACCGGAAAUGUUUUACCAGCAAUUAAAACGAGAAAACUUUGACUUCUUCGAAAUUAAGUUGCGAGACGAAAACAGCAGGUCUCUGGACCACUUGCACGUGGGUGAGACGAAGCUGGGGGAAUCUGAAAACGAAGAGGGCGGCAAGGAAGGCGGCGAAAAUGGAAAAGCAGAGCCAAAUGUGCAUGACGACGGUGACGCAGAAUGCGCAGAGGUAGAUGUCCAACGGAUGAAUAACCUUUCCUCAAACUAUCUCGAUUCAAAGGAGGACAUAACGAAGCAGGCUGAUGCUGCCUAG